CAACUACUCCCAAAGAUACCCCGGGUGAGGAUAGCUCCACGACUUCUCCUCCCUUGAACGCGUAAACGGUUCGGUACUGAAACACAGCAUUUGUAUGUAUAUCUAUGUCUAUACAUACAUAUAACUAUAUCUAUCGUUCAUAAACGGAGAGAGAGGGAGAGAGAGAGAGAAGCCCUAGAAAAACCUUCCCUUUUUCUUUCCCCAUUUCUUGGAGAUUGAAGCUUCCGAUUCGACUGAGAUUGAACGUCAUGGACGCCACAGCAAGCUCUCGUGUUCUUCCCAAUUUGAACCCACCCGGUUUGACUCUCCGCAAUCCCAAUCACAGGUCUUCAUUGCAAUGCGAUCAAACUAGAACUUUCAUGUCGACUUCCUACCGUGCAUCUCAAGGAUCUGGUCAAGCAUACUUGGUUUCCUGUUCAAACUCAACUGAUAAACAAAGUGGCAUUAUUUUGGAAUCAUAUCAUUGUGGUCCUGUUCAGAAGAGAAACCUAAGUGGGCAAACAUUUUGUUCUCUGGGAGGAUUGACAUAUCCUGGAACUGGAAGUGCUAUUGAAUCUGCUUCACAUGCUACAGAAGAAAGGGUUGGAGUGCUGCUUCUUAAUCUUGGAGGACCAGAGACACUUCAUGAUGUUCAACCAUUUUUGUUCAAUUUAUUUGCAGAUCCGGAUAUUAUACGUCUCCCUAGGGUCUUCCAGUUCCUCCAGCGGCCAUUGGCACAACUAAUUUCUGUGCUACGUGCUUCCAAAAGUAAAGAAGGAUAUGCUGCCAUAGGAGGUGGCUCACCUCUGCGAAAGAUAACAGAUGACCAGGCAAUUGCACUUAGAAACGCAUUGGAAGCAAAGGAAAUGCCUGUAAAUGUCUAUGUUGCAAUGCGAUAUUGGCACCCAUUUACUGAGGAUACUGUUCAGCAGAUUAAGAGGGACAGGAUUACAAAGCUUGUUGUGCUGCCACUUUAUCCGCAAUUUUCUAUCUCCACUACUGGGUCAAGCAUUCGUGUUCUGCAAAACAUCUUCAGGGAAGAUGCAUAUUUGUCAAGAAUGCCUGUUUCAAUUAUACAGUCCUGGUAUCAACGAGAAGGAUAUAUCAAGUCUAUGGCUGACUUGAUUGAAAAGGAGUUAGAGAUUUUCUCUACGCCUGAGGAGGUCAUGAUAUUCUUCAGUGCUCAUGGGGUUCCAGUCAGUUAUGUUGAGGAUGCAGGAGACCCAUACAGAGAUCAGAUGGAAGAGUGCAUUCACUUGAUAAUGCAAGAGUUGAAAUCAAGACAUAUCAACAAUGAUCAUACUCUUGCUUACCAGAGUCGCGUUGGGCCUGUACAAUGGUUGAAGCCCUACACUGACGAAGUACUUGUUGAGCUUGGCAAAAAAGGUGUGAAGAGUCUUUUGGCUGUUCCUGUAAGCUUUGUGAGUGAGCACAUAGAGACUCUUGAAGAGAUUGAUAUGGAGUACAAGCACUUGGCUCUUGAAUCUGGCAUUGAAAAUUGGGGCCGUGUUCCUGCCCUAGGUUGCACCACUUCCUUCAUUACAGAUAUGGCCGAUGCAGUUAUUGAAGUCCUACCUUCAGCCACAGCCAUGACAACCUCAAGUACUAAUUCUGAAGAAAGUGACUAUGAUCCAGUUGGUUAUGCUAUCAAAAUGUUUUUUGGCUCAAUCUUGGCAUUUGUUUUGCUCUUAUCACCAAAAAUGAUCAUGGCAUUUAGGAAUCAUGUCCUUUAAAGGUUAUUAAGAUAUUGAAAGCACUGCUGAUAUACAAAGCUAUAGUUACAGAGAAUAAUAGUUGAAAGUCAAGGCAUGGUAGUGGAGUCAUUGAAACUUUCUCCAAGGCUGCUCUUGGGAUUUUUCCAUUCCCAUUUUUUGUUCUUUUGUUUAUCUUGCUUUCGUUUGCUUUUCCAGGGAAAAGAAUAUCUUAAUGAGAUAUUUGAGAUUUUGAGAUGUUAUUUUUGUAAGUACAGAAUACUCUGAUCCGUAAAAGUUGCACUUCGGGCUCAUUUGGCCUUUGUAUUUUGGAAGUAUGCAAAUCUUUGAGAAGUUGAAUUGCAAGUCUAUAUGAUGUAAUGAAACAAGUUCAAUGAAGUAACCGUUAGUACCCAUGUUGGGUGAUUUGUUC